UUCGUUCGUCGGCGCAAGUGCGCGGCGCGUGGAAAAAUAUAUAACUUAUUGUGGUAAAAUCCUAUCAUCCGUAUUUUUUUUGCGCUUAGAAACGGUUUGUGAUCCUGUUGAAGAUCAAAAGUGCAGUUUACAAAACACAUAUACAAGUAACAGCAGAAGGGCAGCGAGGAAUCCAAAGAGAAAAGGAGUGAUUGUGUGUGAGAGAGCGUGAGAGAGAGAUCCAGUACAUCCCGCCACCAUGAGCAAGAAGCCAACAGUUGGACCGGCGCUCCAUAAGGUCAUUAUGGUGGGCAGCGGCGGUGUUGGCAAAUCCGCCCUCACACUGCAGUUUAUGUACGACGAAUUCGUUGAGGACUAUGAGCCCACCAAGGCCGAUAGUUAUAGGAAAAAGGUUGUGCUGGAUGGUGAGGAAGUACAAAUAGAUAUACUGGAUACGGCUGGGCAGGAGGACUAUGCCGCCAUCAGAGAUAAUUAUUUUCGCAGCGGCGAGGGUUUCCUCUGUGUCUUCUCAAUCACAGACGAUGAGAGCUUCCAGGCAACCCAGGAAUUCAGAGAACAGAUAUUGCGGGUGAAGAAUGACGAGAGCAUACCGUUCCUGCUGGUGGGCAACAAAUGCGAUUUGAAUGACAAGCGAAAGGUGCCGCUGAGCGAGUGCCAAUUGAGGGCCCAACAGUGGGCGGUGCCCUACGUAGAGACCUCGGCCAAGACGCGCGAGAAUGUUGACAAGGUAUUUUUUGAUUUGAUGCGCGAGAUAAGGUCACGAAAAACCGAAGAUUCGAAAGCCACGAGCGGGCGUGCUAAAGAUAGAUGCAAGAAGCGGAGACUUAAGUGUACCCUACUUUAGGCAUUAGGUAUUUUAUGAUCUAAUCAGGGAUAUUUCAUCACGUAAAAAGCAACGUCAGACGGACGUGAAACAGCCGCCGAAGCCCAAUUCUCAUUGCUGCCAAUUGCUGUAGGGAGAUGAAACAACCAAACAAACAACAACUACCACAUGAUGAACAACUGCAACAACAACCACAACAAAUGCAGCAGCAACAACAACAACAACUACAACGGCCGCAUAGAUAAAACCUUCAGCAAAGAACAGAACGUUUUGUUAAUAAUAAAUUAACUUAGAGAACACAAACACACACGAAAAAACAAAACAAAAACAAGAAAAUAUCAAAAAAUAAUUUUCCGCACCAAACGAAAACACGCAAAAAGCUUAAUCCAAGCAACAAACUGCAUUGUAAUAUACAUAAACAAUAUAUUUUGUAGGCAAAAGAAAAGGUUAAUAAUUUUCCCAACAUCCAGCCGCCACGACAAUUUUGUCACUUAACUCUUGGUUAAGUUCUCUUCAAUUUGAACAAUUGUGUUUCGUCUUUGUUGCUCUUUUGUUGCAAAUACAUUGAAAAACACAUGCCUAAAGCGUAAACUUAUUAAAUGUAAUCAAUCUUAGAAACCUAAAAACCAAUUAAUGCAAUUCAUUAAAAACUAUAAAUAUCUUUUUUUUUUGUAAUCAUUUUUAAUUUAAAUAGCGAAAUGCAAACACACAUACAAAACAAACAAGAAACCUUACAGAAAAGCUUUUUAUGAAUACUUCUAUAUAUAUAUAUUUAAAUAUACAACAAAAAUAA